CCUACGGUGUUUAUGAAUUAGCCUAAAUAUUUAUUUCUUACAGAAAUUAUUUCAAGUGAAAGCGUAGAGACAACUAAUGAUGACGCCAACUUCGACGAUCAAAAACUUCACGAAGGUAAAAUGAAAGUUUCGGCUUGUAAUUAUAUGAACAUUAAUUUAAGGAUUUCCACUAUGAGAACACAUUUUAACAAAAACAAAAUGUUCAAGGCAUUAUGCACUCCCUGGACAUGACGUUUUGUUUUGUUUCUUCAGUCAACUGCUGUGAUCAUACAGCCUAAGCACACUUGUUUCCCAACCGCCGAUUACGAUCCAAGAUUGAACCUACGGUAUUCAGUAUUAAUUACCUAAAUAUUUAUUUGUUACAGAAACUGUUUCAAGUGAAAGCGUAGAAACAACUAAUGAUGACACCAACUUCGAUGCUCAACAAAUUCAGGAAGGUAAUAUGAAAUUUUCUUAUCAUCAGAUGAACAUUAUUUUAGGUAUUCGCAUUAUGGGAAGAAACAAGAUGUUCAAGGAUUUCUGCACUCCCUGGACAUGAUUUCUGUUUUGUUUCAUCCGUCAACGCCUGUGAUCAUACAGCUGUUAAAAGCACUCUUGAAAACCCCUGAUAUUAAGUUUGUCUUUUCAUUUUCCUGGGCGGUGUAACCUAAUACAAGCGAAUAAGCAAGCUACGCAGGCUAAUCAAACCACAUCACAAAAUAUCUUACAGGUUCUCUUGUGAGUGAAACAAUUGUAGCAAAUGUUUACAUGAUGGAUAUGCUCGCUCUCAGAUUGGAUCAAUCCAAUCCUGGUUCCCAGCAUCUCGCUGCGGAAUUCAACGUACCGGAAAAGGUUAAGAUGAAAUGCCAGUACAGUCGCGAAAACAGUCCAACAAAACAUAUGCUGGAGAUUAAACAGAGCGCGGAAGAUACUCAUUUCUCAGUCCAAGAUCUUAUUGAUGGACUCAGAGCCAUCUCCAGAAACGAUCUUGUGAAGAAGAUGGAAGAUUGUCAUCCUGGUAAGUUCUGUUGUGAAUUGCAGUUAGCUUAUGUACAUGUUUUGGUUACACAGGUCUCGUUGGCUUGGAAAACUACUGAGUUCACUUUGACUCCUGACAAUUUAAGUCUUUUAAUGUUAAUCGUCAAGGUUCCAAGCGUUCACACGUUCGUCGACCUACAAUUGAGACUGACCAUAAUAAUUAAGAUUUUACUUUAUUCACGUGCCUCAAACGAACUGAUUACAUCGCAUGCAUCUAGCCGUGUUUGCAACCAAUUAGAGUUCACGACCAAUGUUUGCUGAAGUGACCCAUUACUACUUUUUUUAUACUUUACGGCUGGUCAUUUCAUUCGCUUAACUCAGUAACAUAAAGAUUUCAAAGGUGUCGAAAUAUCAGGCAACCUUUUUUUGUCAAAUGAUCUGGGAAUAUCUUACUUUAACAGGCUCUGCAUCAUUACAAGAACUCCGUAGUCAGUAUCCAAUCAUUUUUGAGAACAUUUGUCUAGAUUUGGACCACCACAACAACUGGAAAGAUUUAGGGCGAAACAUCAAUAUUCCAGAUGAAACACUGCAGCAAAUCGCCACUCCCACCAGCUGUGUGAACACAGUCCUUGAGAUCCUUGAAAAGAAAAACCCCAGACUGACAGUAAAGAAGAUGCGAAAUGUCUUGAAAGGAAUGCAGAGAGAAGACGUUUGCAAUGUGCUUCAUAAGUAUCUCCAAGGUAUCCGGUUGUACUAGAGUGAAAAGUUAUGAUUUAUUAACUAGGUUAUACUGAAUUCUUAUUAACUUUCUUGCCAUCAGUUUACCGUAUUUAUUCGAAUUAACGGCCAGCUUCGAAUUAGCGCCCACCUCGAAUAAGCGCCCAUCCCAAAGGCAGAAAAAGUCAAUAAGCGCCCAGCCUCGAAUAAGCGCCCAGCCCCACCCUACCCCCCCCUCCCCCUCCCACUCAAACUCAAAUAACGGACUUCCCCGAAGACGGAGUUUUCUUAAGACAGGAGCCGAUCGGCUCCUGUCUUAAGAGUAUUUUACAGAAACUUUGCUUUGUUACAUCUUAGCGUUUUGUUAUUACCAUUUAUUGUUUUGUUGCAAAAUGAACAUACUACACUUACUGAAAAUGGUGAAAACUUAAUAAGCGCCGAGGGCAGUUAAUCGAAUAAAUACGGUAUAUACGUGUACAAACGUAACCUUGCUAACCUCAAAAUUAUAGCUUUUUUGUAUGUGACGUAACAAAAAACAAUUACUGCCGAUUUACAUGAGGGUAUUUUCUUGUGUGCUGCGUGAAAACGAAUUCUGACCAUUAGAGAGUUUUCGGUAAUCCAAGACAGUCUUGAAUUCUGGACGAUUCCACGCUGUUGUGGAUUCCGGAUUCCAAGCUCUGGAUGCCGGAUUCCUUGUCAAUGGAACUUAGAUCCUGGAAUCAAAUCGUUAAGGAGAUUUCGGAUUCCCAGAACUGAAUUCCUAGUUUUCCGGAUUCCACAAGCAUAAAUUUGCUUGAUUUUGGAACCCAGAUCAACUUACAAUGGUAAUUGCUGUCGUGACUUUGCUUUGCUCUUCCUGAUUAUAAUUAGUUCCUGUGUUCCUUAAUUUUUUUUUGUUUAUCAGCUAUCGUAAUCCUGCUUCGCUGGGAACAGGCCUUUUGAGAUGUCAACCUAUUUAGCCUGUUCGCAGCCGUACCACGGUGAACAAUCAAUACUGUAUAGUGCAUAGUUCCAGGGGUUCCCAGCAGAUAAUCAAGUACACCCGUUUAAAGAUUUUGUGAAGGAAAAUAUUCUUGUUGCCCAUCAUUUAUCUAAGGCAGCUAACAUUAUAACUGCCCUCCAAAACUGAAGAUGAUCUAGGGAUAUACGAAAAAUUUAUUUCAGUAAAACUUGCAACCGUGUAUAAUUCUCUAAAGGAUACUUUAAUUGAUCAAUUGAUUGAUUGAUUGAUGUGUAUAACUUUCCCAUUUUGCAGAUAGCGACACAAUUGCAACUCUGCUUGAAAAUAUAGAUUGUUUAGAAAAAGUAGCAAUCUUGCUGGCCGGUGAAGAAACACCAGGAAAGAAAAACUGGUUACAUUUUGCCCGUGAGCUUGGUGUCUCUAAAGAAGAAUGUGACAGUCUAAAACCAAAAGGGAACCCAAGUCCAACCAGAGCUUUAAUGAAAUACCUUGUCCAAGUUAAUCCAGACCUCACAGUCGAGAGGUUUAUGCAAGCGCUGGAAAAGAUACAACGAAAAGAUGUCGUCAGUGCCUUGAGAGAAUUAAUCAGAGGUAAUACAUGUACACAUAUUCAAUUGCGCUCGACGUAGACGUGGAUUGCCACUGUCGAGUAAUUGUUUCGUGCGUACUCACGUACAUUUUACGCGCGUAAAGCCCGAGGAAAAGAGGAAAUGUAUAAAUGUCGCGCGUUAACGAAAAAGUUGAGAGAGGUUCAACCUUUUACGUCCACGUGCAACCUUCCAUUUUUUGCCUCUAUUUCAUUUACGUGCGCAAAAUUUACGUGCGUACGCACGUAAAAAUUACGCGACAGUGGAAAUCGACCUUCAUAGUGAGAGGGGUCAAAUGUUAUUGAUUGAUCGAUGAAAAUAUCUUGGGACAAGUUUUUGGCAUCCCCGUAGAUUUUGCAGGGGCAAAUGACAUUACUAACUUGCCGGGGAAAACCCGUGAUGCGGGUACGGGGAUUGUGAUUGGUCGAUCGCACUCUGUAAUUCUUUUUAGUCAUAUAACAAGUUGUAUUUCUUUAUCAACGCCAUUCCCUUGUUUAACUGUAUGGUUUAUGAUUUGGUUUUUGUUUGUUUCUUAUUUGACGGUUUUCCUUCAUUUUUUUUUUUUGCACUGCUUCAACAGCCAAACAAGACGCGGAAGACGGUCCGAACAUUAGUUGCCCUGCAUCGAGGAACGAGUCAUGA